CGGUUAAUAGGAAUUUUAUAAAAUGUACAGUUGGUAGCUCCUAUGUAUAUGAAAUACAUGCCAUGUGGUUACUGUGAGAUAGGUUAAUCAGUUUAAGGAGUAUUUUUAAUAUAUCAUGUCAUUUUUUAUUCGAAAUAAUCAAAGCACCGGAGGUAAUAAGAGAAAGUUUAAUGGUCAUGCUGGGAAGAGUAAAGGAAAGAAGAGUUUAAAGAAAUCUGUACACGAUGAUAAUGAAAGCAUUGCCAGUACAGAUGAAGAACUUGCAGAAGAAAAUCAGAGAGAUCACAGUAAAGAAUAUGAAAGUGAAGAGGAAGAAGAAACUGCACAGGAAAAACGUAUACGAUUGGCAAAGAAAUAUCUUUCGCAAAUUGAAGAAGAAGAGAGGGAUAGAGCAGAAUUUGAACAAGGAGCAGUAACAAAAAGAUUGCACGAAGAAUAUCUAGAAGAGAAGGGACGGUUACGAAAAACUAUAGCAUCAAAUUAUGUUAGUCACAAUGAACCAAUUGUUUUGAAGUGUAAAGAACACAGAACUUCUAUUACCUGUAUAUGCCUUUCUAGUAAUGGGAAGUUCUUAUACUCUGGCUCAAAGGAUGGCAAUUUAGUCAAAUGGUCUUUAAAAGAAAGAACUAAAUUAAAAUCUAUUAAGGGAAAAAGAAAGACUGAAGAUGGAAUAAAGUGUGUUCAAUGUAUAGCUGUUAGCACUGAUAACAAAUUUUUGGUAGUAGGAGAUACUGGUUGCAAAGAUAUUAAGGUAUUUUGUGCAAAUACCUUGAGUCACAUAAAGAAUUUACAGGGUCACAAAGGUAGCGUGACUGGUUUAGUGUUUCGUAAAGAUACUCAUGCUUUAUAUUCUGCUUCUGAAGAUAGGUGUGUAAAGGUGUGGAAUCUGGACGAUAUGGCAUACGUAGAAUCUUUAUUUGGCCAUCAAAGUGGUAUCACAUCGAUUGAUGCACUAGCACGGGAACGAGCAAUUACGAGUGGGGGUUUUGACGGAUCAAUUAGAAUUUGGAAAAUCGUGGAGGAAUCGCAACUCAUAUUUAACGGACAUGGUGGCAGCAUAGAUAGUGUAAAGCUUAUAAACGAAGAGAAUUUCUUUAGUUGUGGAGACGAUGGACAAUUAUCUGUUUGGGGUUCUUUAAAGAAGAAACCUUUGUGUUCUGUACCAGAUGCACAUGGAAGAGAUGAAAUGAAUAAUCAGCCAAUGUGGAUUUCGAGUAUAGGUGCAUUGCUUAAUACAGAUUUAGUUGCAUCAGGUUCUCGAAAUGGUACCAUUAAAUUAUGGCAGUGUGGCGAUUCCUUCAGGUCGUUGAAUCUACUAUUUGAAGUUCAAUUAACAGGUUUCAUAAACGCAUUAUGUUUUACUCCGGACGGAACCGAGCUUGUUGCUGCCGUUGGUCAAGAACACAGACUCGGAAGAUGGUGGCGUAUUCCAGAAGCGAAAAAUAGUAUUGUCAUAAUACCGUUAGUUCAAACGAAAAAUAAAUAAUUUAUAUAACAAAAAAUGUAAAGAAUUCAAAUGUAUCUGGACGUUAAAUUGUUGUACAGAGUAUAUAUAAUUUUUGAUACGUAUAAUAUAGGGGUACUGUUUACGUAUAAGAGGCCACCUUACUUCUUUCUUGUCAGUUGCAAUGUAGUUUUAUUUGCCCAUCUUCUACGGUCCUUUCAUUGUCAUCGAGUUCGGUU